AUGACUGUGCCAACUAAACUAUCAGCCAUCUCUCGUUUCGCCAUACACGGACACGAUUUUUCAAGUGCAAUCGCUCAACUGUUUCUGACCCUGGGAGUCCAACCAUAUCUCAUUCUUCCGUGCAGCAGUGGUUAUACAGUGGGCUUCUUCACUCGAUUCCAUAUAUUAAGCACCAUCCAUCAAGCCUGGAUUGAAGUUGCUUUGUUAGCUGUAUGUUCAACUUUCGCUCUACUUCUUACCAUCAAUCGGGCUCUAGCAGUGUCGUUGGGACUGUGUUGGACUAUGAAAGAUUCAGGCGAAGAAGGCCGAAAGAUCUGCAUUAAGAAGAUCAAAGUAUAUCCGAAAGAGAUGGAUACCAUGAAUGGAGUGAACAUGGUCCUAGUACCUGAAUUAGCAAUUAUCACAUCAAUAGUGUACAUGAUAGUAAUGACGUUCUUCUACAUAAUAGUUACGAGAAAGUCCUCGCAAUCAGCUCAAUUCUUGGCAAACCAACGAAGACUCACAGGUGGUGUGAUUUCCUUUAUGAUGAUGGGAUUGAUUGGAAUCGGCAUUCCUACAAUCUGUCUCAUUAUAUGUAGCUUUUUCGGAUUGGGGAAUUUGAUCAUUUUUCAAUGUUCAAUUAUCUGCAUGUGUCUUUAUCCCAUAUUUGGAUCUUAUCAUGGGUUGAUGUCCAACGCAGACUACAGGAAUAGAAUACACUCAAUCAUGAAGAGAGCACGAAAAAUAACUAGUCUCUCGCAAGAAUGGAAAGUAACUGUAAUCUCCUAG